GCAAGAACACGGAUUGCACAUUUGUUUAGCCGCAGAAGCCUGAAGCCCCGCGCUCAUUUACCAUGAGCUGUCUGGAUGUUAUGUACCCAGCUUAUGGACAUUACGCACCGUACGCGCCGAGUGCUCCCGCCUUCAUCAACACACUUCAGGCUCCCGCGGCUCUGACCUCCACUUCUCCUCACUGCCGGGAUUUUAUGGACACUCCCAGGGGUCCUGAGGGGAUGUCUGGGGUCCAGGGCACCGGUGGAUCUUCCUCCUCUUCAGCUUCAUCCUCUUCCUCCUCGUACACGCCCGCAGCCUCGCGAACAGAAGAGGGCCCCAAGGACAAGCAAGAGUCCCCCGAGGCUGAGUACCUGACCUCUCGCUGCGUCCUCUUCACCUAUUACCAGGGAGACAUCAGCAGCGUGGUGGACGAACACUUCUCCAGAGCGCUCAGCGCCUACAUGGACGGGGAGGGCAAGCGUCGCACGGCGGACCCGCGGAACACAGAGACCCCCUCCCCGAGCAGUCGACGGAGCUUCCCCCCGUCCUUCUGGGACAGCAACUACUCCUCGCCGCAGAGCCGGUCGCACUGCGAGACCACAGCACCUUCAUAUUCCAUGGACCCGUACGCACCGGGGCUUCACCCUGGCCUUCCUCACCCGCACGCCCACCCGCAUCACCACGCUCACCCUCACGCCCCUGAGAGCUGGGGAUACCCACAGGCUCAGCCUUACGGACCCCCGAGGCCCAUCCAUGAACUGUACUCUCCCUCCGCCCUGGAGCCCCACUACGGACCCUUGCUCAUGCCCGCGGUGCGGCCCGCUCACCUACCCACCUUGCAGAGCCACUAUGAAGUCAGCAAGCUGGAGCCCACCGCAUCUUGGCCCGGUCUGCUUCCUGCAGGCGACGUCAGCCAGACGUUGGCCCUGAACAUGGACGCUGGCCUCCAGCAGCACAAGAAAGGAAAGGAGCUCUACUGGUUCUAAAAAGCCCUUCAGUCACAUUGACCAGCUAUUACCAGAUCCAAUUAGUCCCUGGACCCGCUCCUCUAUUGAAGAAAGCGUGUCCCGUUAUCCUCCUCCACGCUGCUCCCCCCUCCACCACUCUCCUCUCCAGGCCUCCUCUGCCAGCCUUGUUCCAGGUUGAUAUGUGUGCACCAUGGAGAUAAAGCCCAGGGAGGAUGUGAGCUGCCGCCGAUAAUCGGUGCUCCAGCGUCGGCUUCCAUCGCCUCUCCUGGUGCUGCUGAGGACUUGGCGUGCAGCGAUGACCUGUUUGGACCGGGAUUGACAGGCUCAGACAAUGAGGACGGUUCGAGAGCGGGACGGACAGACGGAUACUGGACAGGGAUUCUCGCCUCGUGUUUGUCUUCUCUUUUAUUUGUUUGAUAUAUGUUGACCUGAUCUGAUUCUUUCUUGAGCUCUUCCUUGAACCGGAGCUGCAGUUCGAGGACUGUAUUCUCAGACUGAAAUAGAAAGCUUUUAUUUAUGGGUGUUCACGUGAAUCAUGAAACAUGUUUUUGGUUCUGCCAGUUUGCCUGAAUUGAUUGUCAUGAUGCGUUAUAUUAUUUAUUAAAUGAAUUGAGAGUCAUUUUCACCCUCUCAUACGAUUAACAUGCAACUUUUAAAACAACUUGAAACAAAUCUAUGGGAUAUUUUGAGCUCACAUUCACAUUUACCCGUGACCCGUGGAAUAUUGUUUUCUCUCAUUUUAUAUUCGCAUAAAUAAAAAUGAUAAAAGCCCAAACACAGAAGCGUGAAAGCGAGUUCCACUUUAUAAGAAUAUGCUUGUCAUAUGAACAAAAAUAAUCUGAAUAAAAUCUUCAAAUAAACACAUGUUGAAUCAUUAUCAUAACAUAAAUGCAUCAUUAUGAUUUAAAAAAUAAUCAGUCAUUAUUAUUUGUUUUUGUCCAUUAGGUAAACAGCGGUUUUGUGGAAGUCCAUUUUUAAUUCAUUUCAACGAUUUUUUUUUUUUGGUUGAAACUUAAGAUGACCCACCUGCCUCACUGUCGCCCCCUGUAGGCGAGCCAAGUGUCUUACACUUCAAACUUACAGUUGACAGACAGAACCAUUUUAGGGUCAAUUUUCACACUUCAAAUGGAUAUAACAGUCAUAGAAUUGUUAAUCAUAUACUACCAAAUUUACAAAAAGCUGAAAAAAAAUUCAAAAUAAUUUAUGAAACACAAAUUGAAUUUUCUUUUAUGAUUAAGUGAAUUUGAAAGUACAGUGAACUUACAGUGAGGCAAUAAUGACAUAUCAUGAUAUCAUAACUGAAAUAAUGGACAUAUUUUUUUUAACUAUUGGUUUUUUAAAACAAUCCCCACGGAGAUUUAGCUGCAACAAUAUAUCAGUUAUUUUUCCAGUUUACCCUGGUUGCUCUUAAAGUUUCCACUUUAAAUAUGAUUUUUUAAAGAUAUGAACUAAGGCGGUCUGAAACAUUUUGUGUGUCAAUGUUUAUUUUUU